AUGGGUCGUCAACGAAGCACCGACGACGCAGAUGGUGCCGGAGAUCCCCCGGCUGCGAAGAGGCCUCGAGCCAGCGCACCACGCAACGCGUAUCCUCGCAGACGGGCCGUGACGGCCUGCCAGCUCUGCCGCAUGAGAAAGUCUAAAUGUGACAAUCAGCGUCCUUCUUGUGGAACAUGUACUUCCCUGCAAUUCCAAUGCGUCUAUCAGGAUACCUCCACAGACUUCUCCUCGUUCGACCCGGCGAGUCUUGCCAUUCUGGAUCGCGUAAACUAUGCUAUCCGACUCAUAGAACAAAACCCCAGCAGUUCACGCACUUCAUUUCCCGACACUCCGGGUGCGAGAAACGCUCCACAGGAGCCUGCGGAAAGUGCCGGCUCUGAUUUGACGCUAACGACGUCCCCCAGCGAAACGAUUUACAAGAGUACAGAAUACACAUUUUUGCUAGAAGCCCAGCAACUCCAGGCAAAAUGCGCCAGCGGCCGUGUCCUGAAAUGGCCCUCCCUUGGUGGUCUUUGUGACCCGAACGAAGUCGACAAGCUGUUCUUCAAACCGGCCCGCCCUGAAGAGGCUGUGGAGCAGGGAGUGUCGUCUAGGGGUCGUGGAAUUCGCGAGGAAGAUGUUUCUUUGCUUAUAGAGAACUUCUUGGAAAACGUCCACACAAAGAAUCCAAUCCUGGACCCUCAUGAGUUGAGAAAACUGUCUCUCCGUAUUGAGGAAGAUGGUUUUCGAUGGGAUGGACCGUCCUGCUUGAUUCUCAUCACAUGUGCCUUGGGAACAGUCUCUAGACCUUUCCGACUUGAUACUGUGGGACCACGAGGUAGGUCCCGCCUGGACGGCCGCGACUAUGUUACUGCUGAAUCAUACUACAAUGCGGCACGCAAACGAAUCGGCUUACUAGAUCCUUCGAUUAUCGCUAUUCAAUGUGCGUUCCUCGUUGGUGUUUACGAAAUGUAUACAAUGCGACCCCUACGAGCCUCACUAUCAUUCAACCGAGCCUGUACCUAUUUCCAAACCCAUCUACAAUCCUCGUCGUUCAACCAACCUAUUGAACAGUCAUCGGAGACUGUCAGAUCUCGCCUUUACUGGUCCUGCCUGAAGUCAGACUGCGAAAUGAGAGAGGAGAUUGCGUUGCCACCAACAGAAUUGGCCAAGGUAGAAUAUUCCGAUGCCUUCCCUUCUCCCCCGGAUAGUGUAUUAUAUCCAGAUGGUGGAACUCAAGCUGGAUUAACCACGACUUUGGCUACCAGCUCGGAACGCAGCUGGUACUAUUACCUAUCAGAGGUUGCAGGUCGGCGAAUAUCAAACCGCAUUACUGCCACAUUGUACCAUCUGAAUCCGGAAGAAUGGACAAAAAGGCCCAUUCAUCACCUUCAGCGCAUCACUGAGGAGCUCGAUGCUCAAACCGUUCAGUGGCUGGAGAACUUUCCUCCCAUGUUCCAAUUUGAUGGCGUCGACACUACAGAUGAAUUAUCAUAUUUCCUACACGCACGGUACCUAGAUCUCCGUGAGCGAAUUUGGAGACCCUUUUUGUAUUUGGCGGCACAUUCCAGCUCCCAGGAUCCGAAUAUGCCGAUAUAUGCGCAGAAUGCUAACCUAUGCCUGGAAAAUAUCUUUAAACACAUCCGCAAUUGCUUCAUUAGACAUCGGCAUCAUGGAUCCUGGUUUGCAGGACGCAACCUUUUUACUAAAGGUCUCCUGGUGCUUGUAGCUGCGAGGAGCCAAAACAUUGUGAUGCCACCAGAUUGGACUGCAAUGAUGGACAAUUGUAUUGCGGGAAUUACAUACUGGGAAGACGAAGCACCAGACCUGCGCGCUGCAAGACUUACCCUUCAGCAUAUUUACCAGUCCGUUAACCCGCCCGUACCAGCAUUUGGAAGCCCGAUUCAGUAA